UGUUCCUCUUCUGCGUGACCUCUUGCUAUUACUGUCCUGCGUCAUUUUGUUCGCCGAGAUGGUUACCGGUAAUGAUAUUGACGCGCAAACGGACUCGUCGUUGUCGACGACAUCACCGGUCAAUCGAGGGGCGGCUCGGCAAAUGUUUGGGAGCGGCAGUUUGCGCCAAACUAUGGUUACCAGUACUAUGUCACCCACGAGUUUUGACGGUGACAACUAUCAGAGACACGAUCACAGACACGAUCACGGACACGACAGGAGUCGUAAUGGACAUCACGGCGUUGACGAUUCAGCCAGUGGUUACGGGUACGAUGAUUACAAUCGACCCAAGACGCCUCCGCAGUUGCCACUCGAUUUUUACCAUCACGUGCCACUACCCGAGCCUGACAACGACGACGACCACGACGAUGAAAACGCCGAUGACGACUCGAGUGAGUUGCCAAGCUUUAGAAACGGUGCUCCUGGACGGCCCCAAAACGGCAUGAGUGGAAUGUAUGGCCAAGGCAGGCAUCCCAGCAGUCCCGGACUGUACGGUGGCUUUGAUGGAGUUUUGAAAGCAGGUUUGGAAGAGUAUCGAGCUCGUGUGCGCAUGGGUUCGGAGCGCGGCCACGGAAUGGGACAGCACGGUGAGGCCGGAGAUCGAUUACAUACCGACCGCAAGUCUGCGGUGCACGAGCUGGACGACGAGAGUUCCUUGGCUUGCCUCUGCCCGGAUGAUCAGUUCUUGUGCCUGAGCACCUGCACCUGCAUCGCCAUCGAAGAUCGUUGUAACGGAGAAAUCGAUUGCGAGGGAGCCGAUGACGAAAUACACUGCGAUGUGUACAAUGCCACCUGCACCGGCAAAAGAUCCGUGAAGUGUCCCACUUCUGGUAAAUGCAUUGCUAAAGAGUGGCUGUGCGAUGGUUACGAUGACUGUGGUGAUUACUCCGAUGAAACCCAUUGUGGUGAGUCGCAAAAAAACUGCACUUCGCAACAAUUCGAGUGCAGAAACGGGAUGUGCAUUCAGUUGGACUGGGUUUGCGAUGGCGAAAAUGACUGCAAAGACUUUUCGGACGAGGAAAACUGCGACAGAAAAAACAUGUGCUUUGAUACGGACUUCAUUUGCCAAGACACCGGACUAUGUAUCGCGGAAAAUGAAAGAUGCGACGGGAAAAGAGACUGCAACGAUGGAUCGGACGAAUUAGAAUGUGAGGUAGAAGUGGAAUGCAAUCAAAACCAAUUCCAGUGUGAUAAUCCGAAAUGCAUUUCGAUGGCGUACAGGUGCGACGGAGAUGACGAUUGUGGCGACAAUAGUGACGAAUGGAAGUGCCCUACCGCAAACAGCAGCUGCGCCUCUAAUCGAUUCAGGUGUGCCAAUGGUGACUGCAUAAGUAAAAUAUGGGUAUGCGAUAGAGAAAACGAUUGCAAAGAUGGAGAUGACGAACUCAACUGCGAUUACCCAACAAUUAAAAAUUGCACCUCAAAAGAUGAAUUCACGUGCUCUAAUGGACAUUGCAUACCGGCGGCAUGGAAGUGUGACGGUGUACCCGACUGUACGAACGGUGAGGACGAGCACGACUGUCGGGUAGGCUGUGAGCUCACACACUACUUAUGCAAAACAUCCCAGGCAGUGGUGAACGAGACAAAGGCGCGUUUUCCCGGUUUCACAGCUCCUUGGCUGCUCUGGGAUACGCUUCGUGAUUGUAUACACUCGAAGCACGUUUGCGAUGGUGUACCCGACUGUCCUGAAAAAGAUGACGAGGAAAAUUGUCCUACGAAAGUGCAGUGCUCUGCAGAUCACGCAUGCCAGCAUCAAUGUAUGAUGACCACGGAGAAUCAGAAAAUUUGUGCUUGCAAUCCUGGCUACGUACUUUCUGAGAAGGACAACAAAACUUGUGACGAUAUCAAUGAGUGUGAAUUCCAAAAAGAUCCUGUGUGCAGUCAGCAGUGCGUAAACACUCAAGGUUCUUUUUACUGCGAGUGUGGCAAGGGUUACGUCUUGCGUCCAGAUUUACGAUCGUGCAAGGCUAUUGGAGCAAAUCCCACUUUGAUUCUCGCAAAUCGAAUCGACAUUCGACAGCUCUACAUCAGUGGACCCAAAUACACAUCGGUAGUUAAAGGGUUGCAAAAUGCAAUUGGUUUGGAUUAUCACUACAAACGUAAUUUAAUUUUUUGGUCCGACGUCUCAAUGGAUGUUAUCCGUAAAGUUAAUGUAGACGGGACUAAUAGUAGUGAUUUUAUUCGUUGGGGAUUGGAAAUUCCAGAUGGAAUUGCUGUAGAUUGGAUUCAUGAUCUUAUAUUCUGGACAGAUUCCGGCACUAGACGCGUAGAAGUUGCAUCGAUCGAAACAGGAUUACGUUACGUAUUAGUCUCCGAAGACCUGAGUAAGCCACGUGCCAUUGCAGUUCAUCCACACUUGGGAUGCGUUUAUUGGACUGAUUGGGGCACCCCUAAAAUAGAACGAGCAAAUAUGGAUGGUACAGAUCGUACAGCGCUAGUAACCGAAAACAUAUAUUGGCCCAAUGGUUUGACCAUUGAUUAUACAACGGAUCGUAUUUAUUGGAUCGAUGCCAAGCACAGAGUUAUCGAGUCCAUAACGGUUAAUGGUGACGAUCGCAAGAAGAUCGUUAGCCGAGGUCUCCAUCAUCCAUUUGCUAUUACCGUGUUUGAAGAUGCAGUCUACUGGACAGACUGGCACUUUAAGAGUAUUUCACUCGUGAACAAGAAAAACGGUCGUGGUUUUAAGACCAUCCAUUCAGGACUACACUUUCCUAUGGAUCUCCGUAGUUUCCAUCCGCAACGUCAACCUGCUUACGACAACCACUGUGGCAAUGACAAUGGUAAAUGUUCACACAUGUGCCUGCCUACUUCGUUAGGUUACAGAUGUGUCUGCCCAGUCGGUAUGAAAAUUUCUAAGGGUGAAAAAACCUGUAAAGCCGACGUUGAUAACAUAUUGGCGUUUGCAAGAAAAAAGGAUAUUACAAUGAUUAGUUUGGAUCAGAAUAAGCCUUUCGAUGUGGUAAUACCAUUGGACAAUGUUGAAAGUGCAGUUGGUCUCGCUUGGGAUCCGUUGAAUCGUACGAUCUAUUGGACGGAUUUCAGUACUCAUACAAUUUCAAGAGCUAGUCUGGAUGGAUCUAAUCGCCAGACUAUUAUAAAAAAUAAUCUGGUCUCCCCAGCUAGUCUGGCGAUUGAUUCUGCUUCACGUAAGUUAUAUUGGACUGAUGCUGGAACUAAUAGAAUCGAGUGCUCACAACUUGAUGGAAGCAUGAGGAGUUUAUUGAUUUGGGAGGGUUUAGAUAAGCCGCGGGACAUCGUUCUACAUCCAAAAGAUGGUCUCAUGUACUGGAGUGAUUGGGGAAAGAGCCCAAAGAUUGAAGUUGCAGGAAUGGAUGGAUCAAACAGACAUAUAUUUAUAAGCGCAAAUUUAACGUUUCCUAAUGGUUUGGCAAUUGAUUUCGAAAAGAAGCGUUUGUAUUGGGCAGAUGGUGGUAGUGGAACGAUAAGUUACUCUGAUUUUAAUGGCAAACACGUAACAACAAUUAUUUCACCUCCUAAAGCAAAGCAUCCUUUCGGUCUCGUAAUUUACAAAGACAAAAUUUAUUGGACCGAUUGGAAAACGUCAGCUAUACAUCGUGCAGAUAAGGAUAGUGGUAAAGACGUCACGUCCAUACGGUCCGAAGUUUCAGGACUUAUGGACGUUCGUGUCCUUUACAAAGAUUCGGAUCCACCUUCGAAAUCUCAUUGUUAUCCUUCAAACCGUGGAUGCUCUCAUCUUUGUCUACCAGCUCCUGAGCCUAAACAUUAUACGUGUUCAUGUCCAACUGGUCUUGUAAUAAAAGCUGAUAAAAAAACAUGUCCAAAAACACCUACAAAGUUUAUCUUGAUGUCACAUCGUUAUGACAUCAGAGUUCUUUCUUUGGAUACGCAUUAUGCAGUUGAUACGGUAUUGCCCGUAAGCCACAUGAGAAAUGUUAGCGGAGCAGAUUUUGACUUAGAGACAGGAAACAUUUACUGGACUGAUCCUGGUCAACUCUCUACAAAAGUAAUCAAGAAAACGUCAUUUGAAGGGGACAAAGUAGAGACUGUAGUUGAAUGUUGUAUCGACACCGUUGACAGUAUUGCCGUUGAUUCAGUUGGUAGGAAGCUAUACUGGACUGAUGCUGGUCUUAAUAGUAUUGAAGUGAGUGAGCUCGAUGGUAAGAACCGUAAAGUACUUGUAUGGUCAGGUCUGGAAAAUCCACGUGCCAUUGCCCUACACUAUCCGGCUGGUUUAUUGUUUUGGACGGAUUGGGGCCAUCAUGCUCGAAUCGAAAAAGCUGACAUGGAUGGUGAACACCGUACGGCAAUUGUAACAGAGCAUCUCACUUGGCCCAAUGGUCUGACAAUAGACUUGUUUGCUGAUCGUAUCUACUGGAACGACGCCAAGAAGAAUGUUAUUGAAAGUUCGGAUCUUCAAGGCGAGAAUCGCAAACUCAUUGUGGAUAAGGUAAGUCAUCCUUACGGACUGGCUGUGGUCGAAGACUUUCUUUAUUGGAGCGAUUGGCAUGAAAAAUCACUAAUGAGAGCGAAGAAAAGUGACGGUAAGAAUAAAAAGAUGGUGCAGUCGGAUCUCGAGGGUAUCAUGGACUUGCGAUUUGUGGACAAAAAUCAAGUUCAUCCGGAAAACGCUUGUGGAAGAAACAAUGGUAAAUGUUCUCAUUUAUGUCUGAGGAACCCUAAUGGCUUUAGUUGUGCUUGUCCAACUGGUAUUAUCAUAAAAAGCGACAAGAGAACGUGCAACAGUUCGCCAACAAAUUUCUUAUUACUGGCAACAAAGAAAUCUUUAGUAAGAAUGUCGCUAGAUACUCCAGAAAUGUGGGAAGUGCAAAUACCGGUUCAGCGCAAUCACAGUGCUUAUUCAGUUGACUUUCAUUACGAAAAGCAACUUAUUUUUUAUACAGACACAGACGCAAAAGUUAUAAGGAAAAUCAAUUUACAAAAUUUUAACGAUGACAAAGUAAUAGUUCGAGGUUCCAACAAUUCGAGUCCAUUUCGACUAGCUGUCGAUUGGAUAGCGAACAAUUUGUACUGGACCGAUAUGGCAUUCAAAAGAAUUGAAGUGUCUCGAUUAGAUGGUUCUAAUCGUAAGAAACUCAUUGAAAAUCUCAGCGAACCGCGAUCGAUUGCUUUGUUUCCGAAAGAGGGUUACCUAUACUGGACCGAGUGGACUAAAAAUGCAAAAAUUGAACGCGCAAAUUUAGAUGGCAGCGAUAGAAGAAUUAUUGUAUCAAGUGACUUAAAUGUGCCAAAUGGUUUAACGAUAGACUACGCAGCUAGAAAAUUGUAUUGGGCAGAUGCGCUGAAAGAUAGGAUUGAAGUAUCCGACCUACACGGGAGAUACAGGAUAGCACUGGUUCCCGAAGCUUCUGGUGCCUUCGGUCUAGCCCAGUACGGUAAUAAUAUAUACUGGGGAGACUGGUUCAAACAGAUGAUCGAAAAAGCUGACAAGCGUACAGGAAAAAACCGUAAUCUCAUUCGCUCUACAGUGAAUGGAACAACUGAAAUUCGUACCGUAUCCGCAGAAAAACAAGUUGGAUGGACGCCCUGCGCUGUGGGAAACGGGGGCUGCAGUCAUUUAUGCUUUUUUACGAGGAAAAAUUACACCUGUGGAUGCCCCGAUCAGCCAGACUCUAAACCUUGUUAUACCGUGCCAAAAAAAUGGGUGCCAUUAAGAAAACCAGGAACGGAAAACGACUCGAGUUAUGAUCUCAUCGAUGACGAGGAUAUUCCGCCUACACCGAGAUCUUCGUCUGGAAGUAAUCGCAAUCAGCACAAUGAUUUUAACAAAGCAAACAAAGAUGGAACAACAGCUAUAAUGUUCACACUGUCGAUAAUCCUUCUGGUUAUUACUGCUAUCAUCGUGGGUUUUAUCAUCUACUUGAAAUGUCCACGGAAAAACUCACGGGAGGACUACAUGUACAACAAUCGACGCAACGUGCUCACGUUUACGAAUCCUAAUUAUAAUGCGUCAUCUGCGGCGGGUGAGGUACCGACUUCAAACAAUCAACCGGUGGGAGACAAAAAGGGUUUCAUCUGGAAGAGGCUCAAGUAUGACAAAUCACAGAGAGCCGCUAGUGCGGGCGUUAGCGGUGGUAGUGCCGGGAGCAGUCGAAGCAGCAGCGAGAGGAGCAAGAAUCUGAGCAGCUGUAGUGGUGGUGCUAGUGGGACAAUUGUUGCCAGUGUCACCACCAAUGACGCUGGCGGAGCUGGUGACGUGACGGUGGAACCCGCAAAGCUUGAAGCCCCGGUCAAGCUGCAGUACAUGCCGCUUCACUUUAUCCAGAUUAACGAGACUGGGGCUACUUAGUGCCUGACAUCAAAGUCAUAAUUGCCGUCCUCGAGCCAGCGUUUUUCGGACGAACGACCGGUUACGUGAUUAAAAAGACUUAAUCUGAUAAUGUAUUUUUGAUGGGCAUAAUAUAGACGAGUUACGAUUAUGGACGCUGGGUUAAGCACCUACGCCAGGCACGCCUCAUGUGAUAAAGGGUACUGAUGGAUAAUUUUUUUUUUUUGCUCGCAAUGAGUCACCUAGUUAUAUGGCAAACUUACAGAUGUACUUAUUUUUCGAGAUUAACUUUUUAUAAUAAACGUAGUUUUUCAAGUUUUGUCAAAUUUUAUGGAUGAUGUUUAAAACAUUUGUGUUUUAACCAAUACUCUAUGUUUUUUUAGAGCCUACUUUUGUAUAAGAUGUAUUAUUUAAUCAAAAUAUAAUAAAAUUACAGCUGAAAAAAAUGGGCUGAAUUUUUGUAGGAAAUUUUUUAACGAUAUAACGGGAUGAGCAAAAAACAGAACUGCCUCAACAAUUCAAUUAAUAAAUUUUUAUGUGUACGAAAAGCAUCAUUCCUGAAUGAUAGGAGU